CAUCGCGCGAAUACGAGCUGUUGGAUCAUUCCACAACGCGACCUCAAGACCACAACUUGAGAGUUCCAAUUGGGCAAAUUUCUGGCGACCAUGCUUAGCCGGGCAACGUUCGCCUCUAUUCGCGCAAAUGCGCUCCGUAUCAAUGGUCAGCCGUGGAUCUCGAGAACGACAACCAAAUGUCCUGGUGCGAUGCAUAGACUGCUUCCGUCCAGAAUCAUGAUGCGGCAUAAGUUCGAUCACGCUGGGCCUAAGCCAAAAGGCAUGGACAAGCUGCGGCAAGCAUAUCGCGAGCAUCCAAUAUUGCUCCCAGCCGGAUUCGCGGCGGUUUUCAUCUCCUUCAUCUUCCUUGGCUACGUUAACUACAUGUACUUUGUCUCAAUAUUCGCCUUCCAUAACUUCCCCGAACCCGUAGCGAAAGAGCUCCGCAAAGCAAUUUAUUUUGACAAGGGUGUUGGCAAAGACCCGAAGAAGGCUUUCCAGCACUACAAAGAAGCAAUAAUGAUUGCGACUGACCUGAAGAUGAACCCAUUUUCGGAAGAGUUCAUGGGAAUGCGCAUCAGAAUGGCCGAAUUUCUGGAGGAGCACAACCAGUAUGAGGCGGCCAUCACCGUGCUUGAAAGAGAGAGAGACUACUGUUAUCAGUUUCUGGAUAAGGCUGAAGAGAAAGGUGACGUCUCGGAGGAGUAUAGAAGCAGGAUCGUGGGGAUGGCAGUGAAGCUUGGAAUAAAGCUGGGGAAGUUGUAUAGCGAAGAUGCGGUCGAUGAUACGGAAGCGGCGCAGGAAGCUUUUGUUUUGGCCGUGGAAACGCUGCUGAAGGAGAACAUAAGACGAGAUCAGAAAGGUAUAACGGACACGGGAGCAAAAUGGCUGAACAGCGAAGAAAUUGGUGCUUCGUUGGAGGAACUAGGCCAUAGCUACUUGAAGACCAAGCAGCCCGAGCUUGCGCUGCCUUUAUUCUUGCAGGCACUGUCGUUAUGCCCACCAAAGUCAUGUCAUGCAGCGAUGCUCAUGAAUCAAGUAUCCGCCUCUUUGUCUAUGCAAAAACCUGGAGCAGCACCCCUUCUUAAGGCCCCCGAGAAGAAUUUGGAUAUGAAAAUGCCCACUGCGAAAGAUCUACAAAAUCAAGCCAGACAAUGGGCUGAGAAGGCUCUAGCUUCCGCUCAAGCACUGGAGCCUCCCGAACGAACGGAAGAGUGCGACAUUGCGUGUGCGGUGAUUACGCACAACCUAGGAGAGCUGGCUAACAUGUCGGGAGAUGUUGUAACAGCCAAGAGAUUGUUCCAGGAGGCAAAGACGUUUUCAAAGACGAUAGGAUUUGAAGAUGGCGUGAAAGAGGCUUCGCAAGCAUUGGCGAGACUUGAAGGACACAAAGAUAUGAGCUGAGCCGGCUCAUAUUUCGUGCGAGUUGUCGAGCGCAAAUACAUUACCUUUGGGGCGAGCAUCAGAGGACUGGAAUCCUGCCUUUUGUGCUUACCACAUGAACGAGAGGCGUAUUCCGUCUUUUAACAUUUCUGAACCUUCCAACACAAAAGUGCACGUACCUUGCGCUGGCCAUUUUGCAACUUGAGACUGCUCCGCAGUCAGGACUGCAAGGUAUUUGUGAGGCCCCUUGAGCUUUGGGUCUGUUCGUGGGAAAGUAGAAACCGUCGAUUCAACGCAUUGUGUCAGGCUGGCUCAGCCUUGUGUGCGAUGAGGGAACAGAAGUGCAGCGUUUGAGUGUGCGCGAAAGGAAUAUGUGUAGAGCCGACAUGGCAUAUGAUGUAAGAAUAGAAAAUGUAUAGUUACAAGAACUCAACUCAAGCCAUGUAAAAAAUUAUGCGUC